AUGGCAUUCACCUCGCAGAUUUUGUUUUCAAAAGCUUUCAAGAUGUGUGGAUCUAAUCUACAUUUCUGUCUCGAGUCUCGGGGUGCCGGAUUCGCUCUUCCCGGUCAAUUUCAUAAUUCACAAGGGGAUGUCCUUUUCGAACUUCAAGGAAAUAUGAAGCGGGUAUUCUGGCGUAUGUGCCCGGAAAGAAUCACCAUCAGGUAG